AUGAGUUCUUUGAACCAGAAAGAAGCUGAAAAAGUACUAGUUAAAAAAACAUUGGAAGAAACAGAUGAAUUCGAAGACUUUCCAGUAGAUUCAUGGCCUGAUAACGAAACUGUAAAGGAAGUCAUCUUCAAUGCUAGUAAUAACACUAAUUCUUUGUGGGAGGAAGACUGGGAUGAUGUAGAAGUGGAUGAUGAUUUUACCCGUAAGUUAAAAGAAGAGUUGGUCCAAUUUAAGGAAUCUCGGAAAUAA